UUGUUUUGGAUGCACUCUACCGUUAUCGUUGCUGCGAAUGGACAACGCAUUGUGGGGGGCCAGGAGACGAGCAUUGGACAGGUGCCUUACUUGGUUUAUCUGCGACAAAGUGGCAGGUUUAUUUGCGGAGGAUCUCUGCUCACUCCGAGAAGUGUGCUCAGUGCUGCCCAUUGUGUUUAUGGUGCCAAGGCGAAGGAUUACACUGUCCAUGCAGGUGCCAGUCGACUGGAGGAACAAGCUUCUGUGGUGCGUAAUGUUCACAGCUUUCACAUCGCUCCGGACUACAGACCCAGCAAUUUUGACAUGGACGUGGCCAUACUACGGUUGACAACGCCAGCUUCUCUGUCUCCCGGUCAAGUGGCCACCAUUGCACCCUGCCGUACUCCUCCUUCAAGCAAUGCCUAUGUCCGCAUCAGUGGCUGGGGCGUGACACGGGAGAAUAAUCGAUAUCCAGCUGCCCAAGUGCGCACAACCAAUGUUCGUGUGCUGCCCCAUCUGGAGUGUCAACUGGCCUACGCUGGCCAGGCGCUGCUCAGCGAUUCCAUGCUCUGUGCCGCCAUUCGAGGCAUUAAGGAUUCCUGUUCUGGUGACUCUGGGGGUCCAUUGGUUUUUCGCGGCCAAGUCUGUGGCAUUGUCUCUUGGGGAUUUGGUUGUGCACGUCCUGCCUAUCCGGGUGUGUAUACGAGUGUCGCCAGUCCACGUGUCUACAGAUUUAUUGAGCAAACUCUAAGAGAACUUCAGAUUGAAUAAAUGAUGUUU